AUGUCAGUUAAUGCCAACCCAACAAUCGCAUCAGCACAUCUCCAAAAACAUAUUGAUGAGAUAGAAAAAUGGCUGAAAAUAUGGAGAAUAAAGGCUAAUCAAAGCAAAUCAGUUCACGUCAUCUUCACUCUAAAAAAAGGCGACUGUCCACCAAUUACACUGAACGGAGAACAAAUCCCACACGAAGGUACCGCGAAAUACCUAGACCAAACAAAAGAUGAAUUUGUUAGUCAACCACAUAAUGAAUCAGAUGAAAAUAAAUCAUCCAGCCCAAAAAAGACACCGGAGAAUGUAAUACUACUGAAUUCCCUGCACAGGAAAGAGAAGACUUCACUGACAAUACUAAAACAAAUGAGACGAAAAAAAGGUAUUAAUAUUAAAUGA